GUGAUUUUUCACAUUACACUCGCACUGCAUCGCUGCCUGCUAAGCUCGCAAUUGCCCACCACACUGUGCGGUCUCGCCUUCAGACUCUGAGCUCCUGCCGUCAAAAUGACUACAACUACGAUGCACUUCGGUCCAGAAUGGAUGCGCACGAAGGGCCCUGCUCGCCCUGCUCCCGAGCCACUCCUCACACCCGCUGUACCUCCUGGGACGUCUACAUACUCUGCGCUGGUAUCGCCUACGCUAAACCCACCUCCUGAACGCCGAGAUGUCUCCAACCCGUUUCGCUACUCCAAAGAGGAGAUGCUUCGCAUUUACAAGGAAGGAGGCGGUCGAGGUGGCCUGGGCUUGGAGGUGGAACGGUGGGACGGUAUUGUGCGCGAGGUGGGGUGCGAGCCGGUUGGUUUGAAGGAGAUGAGCGAGUCCGAGAAGAAGCUCUUCGCGGGUUCGCUUAACUCUGAAAUUCGUCGCCGUCAAUCGACGGAUGUCCUUUCGCCGCUGACCACCACACUUGGAGAAAGACCCAAGCUGGGCCACGCUGCGACAGCCGGCAGCCCGAUGCGCGAACGAAUGGGCGGCUUGAUGGGCCGCAGGCGUGACAGUACAGACCAACAACCACUCGGCAUCCCUCGGAAACUUUCACUGUCGUCCAUUCAGGGGGGUGCGUUGGCGUCUUCUCGUGAUGCGGCUCUACCUUCACCGAGGACACGCAUCGGUGGUACGCCAGGAUUCGAAGGGGUCCUAGGCGAGUCGUGGUCUUCUCGGAGACGGGGUGAUAGUCUGUCGAAACCUGGCGCGGAUACUAUCGCUCGAAGGGACCGUGAGCCCACCGAUCCAGACAAGGACAUCAAGGGUUUGGACAUCAAGGAGGAGGAGGAGGACAUGGCUCUGAACGCGGAUGGGUCGGCGCAACCCGGCGCUAAGGAGACACCGCCGGUAGCCCCAGCUACAAACGGCAUUGGCAAGGCUGCUCCCCCAGAGAACGCCAGCAACAGUAGUAACGGUAUGGCGGGCCUGGGUUUGGGUAGCCAUGAACGGGGCUUAGGUUCCGACGCUCCCCGUUCUGAGCAACCUGAUGCUGCACCGUUGUCUCAGCCUCCCGGCUUAAAUGAUCUCUUGAGCGUCGAGUGGUCAUAUCUCGAUCCUCAAGGCAAUGUACAAGGUCCCUUUAGCGCAGACAUCAUGCAGCGUUGGCACAAUGAAGGCUACUUUACACUCGAAUUGAUGAUGAAGCGCACUCAUCUAGAUACGGCGUGGACGUCCGUUGGUGAGAUGGCACGUCGUGCAGGGGCUAAUCCCAUAUUCCUUACGCCGGGCGUAACAUCGUCUGCUCCGCCUGGCUUAACGCGACGUCCGGACACCCUUACGGAGGGACCCAAUGUGGACCGGAGCUCCGUUCUGCAACCCGUCCCAACUGUGUCGAGGCGUAGUUCCACGCUGGAGACAUACCUGCCCAAUGGUUCCAGUGCUUCUGCCUCGCCGCCGUCAUCCUUCGGAGGCAGCAGGUAUCUCAACGGCUCUCCUGACCCUGGUAGUCUCGAUGGGCGUGCAAGCACCAGCUUAUAUGGAGAACCCACCGUCGGACCCCGUCUGGCGACGUUGGCCUCAAUGCCGUCCAUACCAAGUCAGCGACGACAAACAUUUAAUGACCCCUUUGACUCGUCAGCGGGAAUCCGAUCAUCGUUCUCCCAUACAGGCGUAGGCAGGGGACUGGACACCCAGGGCCUCAAUGGUAUGAACGGCUUUGGCGCAGGCGCUAGUGGUCAAUUCGGUCAAUAUGCCCCGGGUUUCGACGGCCUCAACGCGGACGUGGGAGCAACAGGAUUGGGUGUAUACGGACACAACCAUGGUCUAACUGGGCUGCGUGGUGCUCAAGACCCGUCUUUGGGAACCCUUGAUCAGAGCUCCAUGCAAGACCUUGGCAUCCCGGCCACACCGUCACGCGUCGUUCACCGCGAUAUGUACGGUAAGGCUCCUGAAGACAUGCGAUCUUCACCAUUCGGCAUUCCCCCACUGAACGCCAACGAUGUCCCCUACUCUCCCAGUGUGCAGUCUGCAUCACAGGUACAGUCGAUGCCGUACUCGUCCUCGCAAGACAACAGAUCGCUGCCUUCUCAUACGCACACACCCAUACUCGAACGCCCAUCCGUUGCUCCUGUAGCUUCAUUCGGUUCGAACCAACAUCUCCAUGGUGCAUUCGUCUCGUCGCCUGUACACUCUGCCGCACUGUCCCAAUGGCCCCCGCAGCCCUCUCCUGUCACACGUCGCCCCGGACCUUUCGACCCAGACUAUCCUACCACCAGCAACACUGUUAUAACGGGAAUGACCACUAUGUCGCCCAUGCCCUACGCUCGUUCAGUACAGAACAUUCCCUCUAAUGACCAGUCUCCAUGGGGCCCCGCGGUCCAGCAAAACCGUCCAGUGAACGGAUGGGGUGCGAGCAGCUUGACGACAGAGAAUCUCGGCCAACACAAUCAAUACCAGCAAGAGGCCCCCAACCAGACGACGCAUGCUUCGGUUGAUGUUGCUCAUGGUGUCACGGCUACCGCAGCUGCACCUGCACCGGUCAAAACGACUGUGGUCGAGCCCGCUGCUUCUGCUGUCCCACCUUCGCCCGCUGAGCCUCCGCGGUCACAGAAGACCCGACCUAAGUCUACAACGACACAGACUAUCGCGCCUUCUCCCACCGUCCCGAAGGCGGCAGCUGCACCUCUUGCGCCAAUCAAGCCCCCAUCGCCGUUACCAGCUCCUGCAGCUGCUCCUGCUGUUGAGUCCAAAGCGCCUUGGGCCAAGGAAGACGAGACGAAGAAAGCCAAGCCGUCUGGCGCGCCUCUGGGUCUGCGCGAGAUCCAAGAAGCAGAGAUGAAGAAGCUGGAGGCACGCAAGGCUGCCGAGCGCGAACGCGAGCGUGCCGCUCGUAACGCUACUGGAGGUACCUCGCAAUCAGAGGACUUCCAGCCGUUCACGACGUCAUGGGGCCUUCCGACAUCGCAGGCUGGUGUAGCGCGCUCUGCGGCUACUCCCAAGGAGUCUGCUGCUUCGACUGUACCCUCUGCGACCACUCCUGCGACACCUGUAUGGACGAAUGCCGCUAAGCCGGUGUCCAAGAAGACGAUGAAGGAGAUACAGGAAGAGGAAGAGAAGCGCAAGAAGCUGGCGUUGAAAGAGAAGGAGACCGUUGCCGCAGCGGCAAAGAGGGCUUACGCAGACACAACCACCAAGCCCACUGCGCCCGCAGUCCAGACGAUGGGCGGAGCAUGGACUACUGUUGGGUCUGGUGGCAAGAUGGCAGCAGGUGCUACGCCUGUACCGGUCCGGCCGACGGUCACGACGACUGCUUCAGCGAAGGUUGUUCCAGGUGCCUCUUCUCCCGCAGUCGCCAGCGCCAGCGCCGUCCGGGCCACGGCCACGCCAGCAGCAGCCCCAUCUCCUCGGCCUGCGACAGCCACCAAGGCAUCCUCGAAGGUUGACGAAUUCCCCACGCCACCUUCGCAGGAGUUCAUGAAGUGGAUAGCCGAGUCGCUGAAGGGGCUCAACAACAGCGUCAACUUCGAGGAGAUCACGUCUAUGUUGUUGACGAUCCCCUUGGAUCCUGACCCGGACACGGUCGAGCUCAUCUCUGACCUGAUCUACGUCAACAGCACCACAAUGGACGGCCGUCGCUUUGCGUCAGAAUUCGUGAGCAGACGCAAGGUGGAUGCAGCAUCGCGCGCAAAGAACGGCACACCCGCAGGUUCAUCCGGGAAGGGCGUGUCCAUCGCCGACGUGGUCAAGGCGCAGCCCAAGCCGACGCAGCAGUCGGAGUGGGGCGGGUUCAAGGUUGUGAACAAGAAAAAGAAGGGGGGCCGUGCGUAGGAGGCGUUAAGAGGCUACGAGGACAUGAUGUGUACAGUAUGUGCUGUGUACUCCGCCUGUCGUAAUGCUGCGAGCUGUAAUGUUGUCUCUCGUUGAUGCCCGUACCGUAUCGUAGAACCCUUGGA